GCAUUGGAUUAUUCUAAGAUCCGACGUGAAAGGAGGAGAUUUUUAGUUUCUGGCGCCAUCAACAAACCCUAGUUUCUCGGCGCCAUGGUUCACGAAGAUGAGAAAUCUCUGGAGCUCUUCCUCUGCAUUGGUUUGGACGAGCGAACCGCACGCGACAUUGUGAAAAACAACAGAAAUCUCACCUCCGAUCUCACUGCCCUCAUCCAACAGGCUCGUGUCGCUGAUGGAUGUGACCGAACUGCUGGAGUUCUAUUGUACUCGGUCGUUACUAAGUACGCUGGAAAGGCUCUUGUGCAUCGUCCUACAUUGCUCGAGUACAUUGUCUCUUCUAAGAUUAAAACAUCAUCCCAAUUGGAUGCUGCAUAUUCGUUUUUUGGCAAUACUGGUAUUGAGGACUUCAAGCUAAAUGAGUUUGAGGAGGCAUGUGGUGUUGCGGUUGAAGUUUCCCCAGAAGAUAUUGAGAAAACAGUUAAACAAAUCUUUGAAGAAAAUAUGAAAACAAUAUUGGAGCAGCGGUACAGAACUAGUGUGGGUAAAUUAACCGGACAUGUCCUGAAAAGUUUGCCAUGGGCAGAUCCUGAGACUGUUAGGAGAGUCAUAGAAGAAAAACUGUAUGCAUUGCUUGGCGAGAAAACAGCUGCUGACAAUGAGAAACCUACAAAAAAGAAGGAGAAGAAAGAGAAGCCCACCAAAGUAGAGAAUGCUGUUUUGGAAGCUAUCCCACAUCCAGCUGAAGAGGAGCUUAAUCCAUAUUCUAUAUUCCCUCAGCCAAAGGAAAAUCUUAAGGUUCACACAGAAGUGCCUUUCAGUGACGGCUCUGUGCUCAGAUGUAGCAAUACGAAGGAAGUGCUUGACAAACAUCUCAAGGUGACUGGAGGGAAAGUUUAUACCCGGUUCCCUCCUGAACCAAAUGGUUAUCUCCAUAUAGGACAUGCAAAGGCUAUGUCUGUUGAUUUUGGUCUUGCAAAGGAGCGAGGGGGCUGGUGUUAUCUAAGGUACGAUGAUACAAAUCCUGAGGCGGAAAAGAAAGAGUAUAUUAGUCACAUUGAAGAAAUAGUUAAUUGGAUGGGUUGGGAACCCUUCAAGAUUACAUACACCAGUGAUUAUUUCCAAGAAUUGUAUGAUUUGGCAGUGGAGUUGAUUCGAAGAGGUCACGCUUAUGUUGAUCAUCAGAACGCUGAGGAGAUAAAAGAGUACAGGGAGAAGAAAAUGAACAGCCCCUGGAGGGAAAGGCCUAUUGAAGAAUCUCUAGAGCUGUUUGACGAAAUGAGACGAGGAAUGAUCGACGAGGGCAAGGCCACACUAAGAUUAAAGCAAGACAUGAAGAGUGAUAAUUGUAAUAUGUAUGACCUUAUUGCCUAUCGUAUAAAGUUCACACCGCAUCCUCAUACUGGUGACAGAUGGCGUAUCUAUCCGACCUAUGAUUAUGCCCACUGCAUUGUUGAUUCUCUUGAAAAUAUAACACAUUCGCUCUGCACUCUUGAAUUUGAAACCAGACGUGCUUCUUACUAUUGGUUAUUACACUCCCUGGGUCUCUACAUGCCGUAUGUGUGGGAAUAUUCGCGGUUGAAUGUCACAAACACUGUUAUGUCCAAGCGUAAGCUGAACUACAUUGUGACAAACAAGUAUGUUGAUGGUUGGGAUGAUCCACGUCUUUUAACACUUGCUGGUUUGAGGCGGAGAGGUGUAACUCCUACUGCGAUUAAUGCAUUUGUACGAGGACUUGGAAUUACCAGAAGUGAUGGUAGCCUGAUACAUGUGAGUCGUCUUGAGCAUCAUAUUAGAGAGGAGUUGAAUAAAACAGCUCCCCGCACCAUGGUGGUGCUGAAUCCUCUUAAGGUGGUUAUCACCAAUUUGGAAGCAGACAAGGUUAUGGAGCUUGAUGCUAAAAGGUGGCCUGAUGCUCAGAAUGAUGACCCCUCAUUCUACAAGGUUCUGCUCUCUAGAGUUAUAUACAUAGAGCAAUCUGACUUCCAAAAGAAGGAUUCGAAAAAUUAUUAUGGACUUGCACCUGGUAAAUCAGUCUUGCUUCGAUACGCUUUCCCAAUCAAGUGCACCAACGUUGUCUUUGCUGAUGACACUGAAACCGUUUGUGAGAUUCAUGUGGAGUAUGAUCCCGAGAAAAAGAUAAAGCCAAAGGGUGUUCUACACUGGGUCCCUGAAUCUUCACCAGGAAAAGAGCCCAUCAAGGUUGAAGUCCGUUCAUUUGAGAACCUCUUUAAUUCCGAGAAUCCAGCUGAACUCAAUGAUGAUUGGCUCGCUGACAUUAACCCCAACUCCAAAGUGGUAGUUUCUGAUGCCUAUGCUCUUUCAACCAUUAAAGAUGCUGUGGUAGGGGACACAUUCCAGUUCGAGAGGCUAGGUUAUUACACGGUUGACAAGGACUCUACCCCGGGAAAGCUCGUGUUUAACCGGACGGUCACACUCAAAGACGGCUACAAGAAAGGUCUACGAUUACGACCAAGAAACCAGAAGAAUGUGAACACGACGAGUGAUCGGACACAAAACCCGGAAGAUGAGUUCAUGAAAUGGGUGAGAUUCGUUGGAAGCCUUAAACACUCAGUGUUCAAGGCAGCCAAGAACAAACUCUUCCCUUCUUAUACACUAACUGUCCACAAGAAAUCCAAUAAAGGUGACUUCACUAAAAUCCAAGACGCCAUUGAUUCUCUCCCUCUCAUCAACUUUGUUCGUGUCGUCAUCAAAGUCCACGCCGGAGUUUACAAAGAGAAGGUGAACAUACCCCCAAUGAAGGCAUUCAUAACAAUAGAAGGAGAAGGAGCAGAGAAGACAACAGUGGAAUGGGGAGACACAGCACAAACCCCUGACUCUAAAGGCAACCCCAUGGGCACUUACAACUCGGCCUCGUUCGCAGUCAACUCUCCUUUCUUUGUCGCUAAGAACAUCACUUUCAAGAAUACGACCCCAGUCCCCUUACCGGGCGCAGUUGGAAAACAGGCGGUGGCAUUGAGGGUUUCGGCAGACAAUGCCGCGUUUUUCGGGUGUAGAAUGCUUGGUGCUCAAGAUACUCUCUAUGACCAUUUGGGAAGACAUUAUUACAAAGAUUGUUACAUUGAGGGAUCAGUUGAUUUCAUCUUUGGCAAUGCCCUUUCGCUGUAUGAGGGGUGUCACGUGCAUGCGAUAGCGGAUAAGCUAGGAGCAGUGACGGCACAGGGGAGGAGCAGUGUGCUAGAGGACACCGGAUUCUCUUUCGUAAAGUGUAAGGUGACAGGGACAGGGGUUUUGUACCUUGGGAGGGCAUGGGGUCCUUUCUCAAGAGUCGUCUUUGCUUACACUUAUAUGGACAACAUCAUCCUCCCUAGAGGCUGGUACAAUUGGGGUGACCCUUCCCGUGAGAUGACGGUGUUCUAUGGGCAGUACAAGUGCACGGGAGCAGGAGCAAACUAUGGAGGGAGGGUGGCUUGGGCAAGAGAGCUCACCGACGAAGAAGCUAAGCCUUUUCUUUCUCUUACCUUUAUCGACGGCUCUGAAUGGAUCAAACUCUAACCAUUACACCUUUUUUUGUGUGUCAUUUUAAUUUUCUACCUAAUUAAUAAUGUACAUUUUGCCCU